UUCAGUUUCCCGAGGUUUCUGAAACAUCUAUAAAAGUACAAGGAGACGUAAAACGACGGAGAAUCGAGCGCAGGCGUAAUCUUUCGAUUCCUUUCUUUCCGUGCUUACGAAAUGAUGCAUAACGCAGUACAGAGAAAAUUGCCGCGGUAUCGACGAACACAAAAGCGGGAGACUCCCUUUAUGACAGAUGAGCCGUCUCGGCUAAUCUAGAUCUCGGCGGCGAAGAACAAAAAACCGGGCGACCUAUAACGCUGUAUUUCGUCGCGGUGCGCACUCGACGCGGAAACAAUUUCGAAGGCUGUAACGAGAUAAGGGCUGGACAGCGCGAACGCCGUGGAAAGGUUACGCUGGAUCGUAUUACUCGCCGGCUCGACGGAUCUCUGUCCGUCAUAGCUCGCAUUUGUCGCUUCCGACGCAUCGCUCGCUCGCACGUAAUUCGUCGAAGCGAGGGGAACGCGCGCAUGCCGAUGCCGACGCACGCACGCACGCACGCACGCACGCACGCACGCGACGAACACACGCUCUUUCGAGUUGCACUCGAAUCGACCGGUGGAAAAAUCGUAAACAACGUCGACGAGCUCGCGUUUGCCGUGCUUUCUUUGUUGAUACCCAUUCAUCGCGAUCCCGUUCAGCGCGAUCGAAGUGUUCGCUCAAAGUCGCGGUCGAGCUGCCUUGAUCCUCGCGCGAGAUUCGCUCGCCCAAGUUACCAAGUGCUGGCCGAAUCUUUUUCAUCUCUGUGCUUCUUGUCUCGCUUUAACUCGCGAUUACGCAGCUUGAUUACGCGAGCGCAGCAUUGCGAGUAUAUCUUGUGUCUGUUGUGUACGUCACGGACGUGCGAUGUAGUAGACCUCCCCUGUGUGUAUGUGUGAGUGUAUACAGCUGAGAUAUACCACGUGGCCGUGUCGCGCGAUCUAAUUGAUCCUGUUGACUGUAGUACGCGAUACGUCGCGGAAAAUUUCAUUUCGGCAAGGCGGCUGAUUAGUGCUUACGAGCGCAUGAUGAGGCUCACGUGAGUCCGCCGGUGGUUGACGCGCGCGCCGGCGCAUCCGAUGGUGCAACUCGCGAUCCGCCGCGACCAGUGACCACGACAUCGUUUGUUUUGUUUGUCGUGUCCGUCACCACAUUUUUGUCGGGGCUCUCGUACGCUCUCGGUGCGCGCAAGAAGCUAUUUUGUAGCCGUCUGCUUUGCCGAACGCGCUAUCCGACAUCGACGUUGAUCUCGCGCUGCGCGACCGCGAUAAAGCGUCUUUGUGCCUCAAGUUGUCGGAUCUUCGCGACGGAUCGGACGAACGCGCGAUGGCUAUCGUGAUGAAAAUUCGGAACAAUCAAGUGGUGUACCUGAGCAUACACGCACCAAAGCUGAAGGGCAGACCAAGAAGAAAACGCAAAAAGCGCAGCGCUUCACCGGAGUCGAGCAACGAGAGCGAGGCUUCUGUCGCGUCGGCGUCGAAGAGUACGUUGGCGAGUACCAACCUGGUGAUACCCACGGUGUGCAGACCACCCUCGUCCGCGGUGCGCCGAAGUGAGAGGAACACCAGUGCGGAGGAGAAAAAGUUCAUCAUCGACGUGCAGGGUUUCAUGAACUCUCGGGGUACGCCGUUCGGAAAGAUGCCACUACUAGGCAACAAGCAGAUCGAUCUGUUCCUGUUCUAUACGAAGGUGCAAAUGCUCGGUGGCUACGACUCGGUCAGCACCGGUCGCCUUUGGAAAACGAUCUAUGAUGACAUCGGCGGCAGCACGACGUCAACCAACGCUGCGACCACUACACGCAGACAUUACGAGAGAUUGCUGUUGCCCUACGAGAGGUAUCAGAAAGGCGAAGACACGAAGAUAAAACUAAACCACGGGCGACGUACCAAGAGCACGAGUGUGUCGGAGGAUUCAGACAUCAAGGAGGAACCUAGCGAUCCAUACUCCUCGGAGACACCUCCACCCGUAGAAACGAUCACCGCGACCACCACGACAUCACCUCUGCAACCGAUAAUGUCAGCAGCGACGACUCUGCUCUCCUCGAGCGAGAAGCCCAAAGCCGAGGCCGGCAAAACGUCCUCCUUACGUAGCGUGCGAGUGAAGCCGGAACGUCUCAAGUCGCUCAACACCAUGAUUGCCAAUAGCGCGAUACCCUCCAGCCAGCAAGCUAUCCAACUGCCAAGCCCACCGCCCUCCUCCAACACGUCUGUCUCGACGCCUAGCAGCACACCCUCCACGACACCCACGAACCACGGCACCGCUAAUCAAAGUGUCUUGGAAAGGCAGCUCAACAGUCCUCUGAUAUCCCAACAAGUUCCACCAUCGUGUUCGCCACCGAGCCUGCCUGUAACCACCGUAGGGACGAACGCGUCGACGGUCGUGACGCUGACGCCGCCGCCGGAGAAGGACAUGAAAGAGAUCAAGCUGGAUGCCAAACAGACCACUCUGCUGGCGCAAGGCAAGGAGAACAUACCGUUGUUCGGCGAGAAGUCUAUCUUCGCGGAGAAGACGAUGGUGGUACCGCCGUCCAGGUCGCCCGAGGUCAUCGACCUCGAGACGGAAAACGAUACGAGCAGGGACAAGAUUAUCAUUCCCAGCUUCAAGAAGCGCAAACUCGAGAUCUUGCGCGAAGGCGGUCUCGAGGUCACAGCCGUUGACUUGGACGCGCGGCCGAGCGUGAUUCAGAGCAACGUUACGCAACAGCAGCAGCAGCAGCAGCAGCAGCAGCAGCAGCAGCAACCACCACCGGCGCCAGCCACGAUGAAGUCAUCCGAAGAGAAGCCACCGAUCUCAUAUCCAUUGCCGAUCACACCCAACUCCAUUCCUAAACUGAUAUCCGUCACCGUGACGCCCGACAUUGGUCAUAUGUUACCGUCGCCGCAGGAACAUCACCAUAAUGGGAAUCACCAUCAGCCGCGAGUACUGCCUGCGGCGGCGUCCAAGCAACAACCGGUUCAUCAUAACAACAAUAAUAACAACAAUACGAUCAACAACAACAACAUGGUGAACAGUCGGGUGAUAAACCUCGGUAAUUCAAACAACGCCGCACUGUUGCAACUGUACGCAAACGCAAACGUCCCGCCACCGUCGAGUUUUGCAGCCGCGCAAGCCAACAAUCGCUUCAUACCGCCGAACGUUCCGAACGGCAGACUGCCGCCACCAAAGGUCACCCAGUCGAGGUCGAUAUUUGUGCACAACGAAAGGACAGUUUAUGGAAAUCCGAAGGAUAUUUUUGUCCCACCAAAAUAUCGUUCGUCGCAUCAGCAUCUGCACUUGCAGCAGCAGCAGCAGCAGCAGCAGCAGCAGCAGCAGCAACAACAACAACAACAACAACAACAACAACGUCUGCAACAUCUACAUUCGAGCGGUAACAAUGACACCGGACACGGAGGUGUUCUCGAUCUGACACAAAAGUUUAGUGAAAAACCGACCUUCCCCAGGCCCAGUUUAGAAAUAGUUAGAGUACCUGUAGUGCCGAGGCCUAAUCCGUUGAACCUGGAAGUGCGAAACCCACCCGCGAGCAAACCCGCUGACAAACCCGCUGACUGUUCGAAGCGAGUGCCCUUUCCCGCCUAUCAAAACGUAAUCGACAGUCGAACCAUAGCUUCGAACAACCUCGAGAUCACACUCGUGAAUCCCAAGCAGAAGAACAACCAUCUGAAUACGCCGUCUCACGUGCAGGUACCGAGUCCACCUAACAAAAGCAACUCGAUGCACAGCAGCAGCGGUGCGCAGAGGAGGCAAGCGCAGCAGCAACAGCAGCAACAACAACCGCAGCCACCGCCACCGCCGCCGCAAAUAAAUGGAAAGUACACAGUGAGGAACGAGCCGGUCUCACCGUACACUCCGAGAAAGCCGAUUCACCCUGUCAUACCGAACGUACCUAAUUUGAAUCAUCUAAAUCACAGCGGCCAUCCGUUCCCCCGAGUGAACGCGACGAUGCAGCAGCAAAUGAGUAGUAUCGACAGGAGGAAAGCCGCGGCGGAGGUUGUCAGGGAGCAGCAGCGCAGGAUCAGCGAGGGUGAAAAGACUCUGGUGGCAACGCAACAGCAGCAACAACAACAACAACAACAACAGCAAGAAUCCAGGCACAGUGAGGUCGGUCGACGGCACAGCGUACCGAACAUACCGUCCGGCUUCGUGCCGACGGUGCCGCAAAGCAAUCCCGCUUUUCUGCCGCAACUGCCAAACACGCCCGGCAAGUUCCUACCGAUCCUAGACCCCAUGUACUACUCCGCGUUCUACAACGCGGGCCUCUUCCCGCCGCCAAUUCCGCCCACGGCCGCGACGACGUUUCUACCGCCAGAGUUCAGCGCGUAUUACAAGGAACUACUCGCUUCCUCGCAACCAAGACUGGGGAUGACGGGGCAGCAUCAGCCGGCCGCCCCGACGUCUAAGUAGACAAGGGAUCUCAUGUAGGGUUUCCGGCUAAGCGAAGGACGCUCUCGUACGCUAGAGGAAAGGAUCCGUCGGAUUGUCUCGCAUCUGCCGCGUAGAAUCAUACGUUUCUGAGGCGCAGCGAGCGAGAAUUCUUAGCGAUCGACACCGAUGAUGUAGCAUAGUCACGGUGAAGACGGCGAUACGCAUGAGAUUACCCGACCUGACACGACGUUACAUACCCCGUUCGACCACACACACACACACACACACACACACACACACACACACACACGUCGCGUCGUUUCCAGCAGCAGUUUCGAUUACGUAACAGAGUUAGUGACCAGAGUUAUUCACAGUGUUCGUCUGUCUGCGAUAGAACAAGGAUUAAUCCUGAGAAGUUUUGCGCGAAGAUAAAAAUGGGAUUACGACAGCCUGACGCGGUUUUUUCAGAAGAUGAUGUGUGUCUUCGCGCGCAGUCACGUCACGUGGUCCACGUGAAAUACAACGUGUUGCGCGUCCGCGCGUUUGACGAGUUGCAAUAAUACGUUAGUCCAGCAGCGUGUACGAUGUUUCUUCGUUCAUUCUUCGUCGAGGACGAGAUUCCGAAUGAUUAUCGAUAUUAAGAGAAAAAAAAACCCUGUGAUAAAAAUGCGACCGUGUGUUACCGUUCGAGGAAGUGCAGUAAAUGAAAUUAUGCCGCGAAAGGGGGGAAAAAAAUCGUUAUUUUUACGUGUUUAUUUUAUUUAAACCAUUUACGCGCGUUUGUUGCGAAUUUAAGUUUCAGUCGCGGCGGUCGAGCGAGACGAGGUAUUGCGUUUUAGAAAGUUUUGCAUUUUCGGUGUUGUACUGGAGAGAUUCGGGCAUUCCGUUGGGGCCUCUCUUUGGGCUUUCGUUUCUUUUUCUUUUCGCUUAACGCUCCCGGAUAUGUACGUAUCAGUUGUCGCAAGGUCGUCGAUUUUCUGUUCAUUUUUUGUUCUUAUUUGGCAAGGCGCAUUUUGGUUCUUAUUCGAUGUACGAUGUGAUAAAUCCGGCGCGAGGCAAGGCAAACGGCGAACGCUGGACCGACGGAUCAUCGGAACGUAUAAUUGUUUACUGUGUAAUGGUAAAUCUUAUGUAGUAACGCUCGCGAGAACCCUAUGUACUGUGUAAGCUAGAGAAUUUUCAUUAUAUAAUAAAAGAAGAAAAACAAUACAACAACAAUCGUACACACAAUCACACACACAUACACACCGAUCUGUAGUCACUUUUAACGAUAAGCGCACGCAUGCAAUGUUAUAGCAGCGACCAUGUAUAUAGUGUAUAUAAUUACGUAAAUCAUUAAGUUAGAUAAUUACUGCAUUAUCUUUCAACAUUACGUAAAGAGUUAAGUUUAGUAAGUGUACAGGCUGUCUCUUGCUCGUGUGGCCAACGAUUGUCGUAUCGCUGUUUCCUUACGAGAGACGAAACGAUAUUUUGCAGAAUAUUUCUGAUGGUCUCUUUUCACUCGGAAGAAGUUUGUGACAAUCUUUCGUUUCCUAACUAAUGCGACACUAGAAAAGAGAGAGAGAGAGAGAGAGAGGGAGAGAGAGAGAGAGAGAGAGAGAGAGAGAGAGAGAGAGAGAGAGAGAGAAAGAGAGAAAGUAUACGGUACAACUACUUUUCCGUUUAAUUUUCACGGAAAUUUAUGAAAUCGGCUUGAUUGUUAAGCGAUCGCUGCCGAAUGCGAUCGAACAUCGCGGGCCACAAUACUUUGGAAACAGGAAAAAGAAUUUACCGACGAUAUAUCCAUGUUAAAUGUAGACAUAUUGAUAGAAUUUGUUCGUUUUAGGAUACUCUGAUCAAAAGAAGAAAAAUAAUUAAUAUGAGAGUAACGUUAAAGCAUUCGUAACUCUGAGACGUACAAGAGAAACGAUCCGUUUCUCGGAUCGUUUUGGCGAAGGAAAAAAAAAGUAAAUCAGAUUUCUAUAUUGAUGUCUUUCAAGAGUAUGAAUUGUUCACGUUUUUUCGGAUGGUUCUUUCGUGAUAAUCAGGUAGGCGUUUUGGCGCCGAUUGCGAGACCGCGGCUGAUUGAUAACCAGCCUCUCUCCAGUGGUAUUCAACGAGUCUAAGACAGAAUUAUCGAUUUGUAGCGCGCGAGCGCCGGCUAACGAGACGAUGCCACCACUGUUGUUAUUUUUGUAAAGAUCGCGGCGAAAGUUCCGGCGAGUCGAGUCGAAUCGAGUCGCGAAUUUUGCUCUUCAAAAUGGUGCUAUGCGACGAAAAAAUUCUAUUGUAAGUCUCUUUCGUAAAAAGAAAAAAAAAAUGAAAAGAGCUUUAACGGGCGUUGUUGGGUACCAGUGGAUCUUUGGCGCGAUCGCCCGAAAGAACUACGAUCUUAACAUAGAUCUUCACGUCCAAGUCUGAUAACCGUAUAUUAAAGAAAAAAAAAAGUAAAAACGAGAGAUAAAAGAAGGACUCCCCGGGUUCUAGUGUGUGUAUAAAAGAAAAGAAAUAAGUCGAAUACGGGUCCGUUAUGGUUGCGAUUCGUUGUAAUAUCGUAGGGGUUCGUGCAGCGCGACGGAGAGAGCGAACGCUGGCGAGAGAGAGAGAGAGAGAGAGAGAGAGAGAGAGAGAGAGAGAGAGAGAGAGAGAGAGAAAGACGACAAAUGCGGAUAUUGUCGAAUCUCCGGUAAGGAGAAGGGCUUGUACGAGACUACGUGCCAUAAAGAAAAAAAAAAUCUGAUUAGAUAGCGACUACGAAAUCGAACAAUGACAAUGGUCAUUUGUAUAUGCUUUUGACGAGCCCCUUUAACGAGUUUAGAGAGACUAAGGAAAAGGUAGACGCGAAUCUAAGAGAAAAAUAAAAGAAUAAUAACACAAUGUGCAAAAUUCCAUGUGGAAAUUUUA